UAGGAAGGGGUCUCUCUCUUCGACACGCUGCCCGUGGAGAGGAGCGAGAGCACGGCUACACUUGCACGCCGGCACUCACUCGAGAGGGUAGCCUUCGUAGAUGUGGAGGUGGUUGUAGAGGUUGCUGUAGAGUUUGAAAACGAAGACUUCCUCCCGCCUGCCAGUAAGGAGGAAGAAGCUAGACGUCGAAGCUGAUUACAAUGGCGCAACGAGGGUUCCCACCAGUCCCCUCCGUUGCCACCAUGGCGGCCCUGCUGUUGCUCGCAUUCCUAACGUUGGCUAUCCAUGGACAAGCUGCAUCCCCGGACGUGGGUACAAUCAAGAUCUUGGGUUUCACGUAUGCAGGUGAUGGCUGCCCGCCAGGGUCUGCGGAGGGCGCAGUAUCAGAUGACGGACAAGCAAUCACUGUGAUGUUCAGCAAGUACACUGCGUCGACAGACGCUGGCUUGGACGGUCUGAGGAAGAAGUGCGCGGUGACGGUCAAUCUGAGUUAUCCGCCAGGUUUCCGCUUCCACUUGGGGACGGUCACCAUGCGCGGAUACGCCAAGCUGGACGCGGGCACGAGCGGGACCGCUCAGACCAGUUACUAUAUCUCCGGGACAACAGGGACGGCAAAAGCCAACCGCGUCAUCGCCGGCAGUUUCGAUGAUAACUACGAGUUCACGGACCAGUUCGGUGUGCUAGUGUACAGCGAGUGCAACGUCGUCAGAGACCUCAACCUCGUAUCCGAAGUGCGGCUGAAACCUGGGAACCCAGCGAAAAGCGCCCAAAUGACCGUGGACUCUCAGGAUCUCAAGCUCACGCAGGAGUUCGCCAUCAUCUGGGAGUCGUGCUAAGCUCCGGGCGGCGAUCCAACAUCCUCAGCUUGCCAGCUUGCCAGCGGCUAAGUUUGGCCAUUA